UAGUGGCUGGGUACCUACAUAGGUGAAUUCAUUCUAGAAUUGCACUGCAGAGGGUAGAAGCAAGUUGGAGCAACUCUUUGGGAUUGAUAAAGUCAUUUUCAAGUUUUGAAUUUCAAUUGAAGGUUUCUUCAAAUGAAGGGGUUUUUGGAAAAUAAACAGAUAUGUUUUGUUUAAACAAAAUCUGAUAGCCUACGUUUUUCAGCAAAUGUGACAUGAAUAUAUUUGCCUCAAUUUUACAGAUGUCUUUUGUCUCUCAGCCUCGGUCUAACACUUCUGUUGAAUUAAAUGAUGUUGGAUUACUGGAAAGAGUGAUCACCUUCACUCUAUGCACAAUCCCAUCCUGUGUGUUUCUCUUCAUCAAUGGAACCAUUUUGUUCACUCUGAGGAGUAAAUCUGUUUUACGUGACACCUGUAGGUAUAUUCUCCUGUCUAACCUCCUUCUAGUAGAUACUGCACAGUUAGUAAUAUCUCAGGUACUGUUUCUACUUUCUAUUAGUAGAAUUACACUAACAUAUCCUGUUUGUGGCAUGCUAACUGUUUUUGCCAAUAUCACAAAUGUAAUCUCUCCUCUAACGCUGAUGUUGAUGUCUCUGGAGCGGUGUGCAGCUGUGUGUCUCCCUUUGAGACAUGCUAUGAUUGUCACCAUCAGAAACACGAGACUGGCAAUUAUUGCAGUUUGGAUWUCCAGUUCAUUACAUAAUAUAUUUCGUGUUAUUUUGAUGUUAGAUUUUCCUUUUAAAGACCUAGAUAGUCUACAAAUGCCAAAUUUAUGCAAUGAAUUCAAUAUGCUGCUUGGAUCCAGGUCAAAAGUUUAUGAUAAUGCUUUCACUGGGUUUCUGUUUGCUUCAGCAGCCACUGUAAUAAUUUCUUCCUAUAUUGGUGUAAUAAUGGCAGCCAGGUCAGCAUCUACAGGAAAAGCUUCAGCCCAGACGGCUCGUAAUACAUUGAUGCUACAUUUCUUGCAGCUAUGCCUCAGUUUGUCCUCAACUAUUUACAACACAUUGCUUGUGGCGCUUUUGAAAAUUAUUCAAAGUGUUGGGUUUAUACGAUUAAAUAAAUUUCUUUAUGUUUUAAUUAUUUUAUUUCCMAGAUGCUUGAGUUCUUUAAUUUAUGGCCUCAGAGACCAUACUAUCAGACCUAUUCUUCUGGGCCAUUUAGGUUGUCAACGAAAACUCAAAACUGUUCCAGACAGUAGCUGAAAAGUUCAGCUUCAGUUAAGGUCUUCAUAUGUGUGAAAGAAAGAUGGUUACACAGUCAAUGUAUUUA